GAUUUUGCGCAGCAGCUGAAAAUACAUGAUAAAUAAGCCAAAAUGUGUGUAAUGCUUUGGGUUGUUUACUCAAAGAAACCCACCAUAUAAUUCAGUGUAAUAAGUGGGAGCUGCCAGAAACUGUUUUAGCCGUGUCAGCUUAUGUCUUUUAUUAAGCUGUCAUUUUGUUGUUUGGCUGCAACAUCUGAGCAAAUUCUACCAAGUCGACACUAUUUUAAGACCUGGUGUUGUAAGCCUGGUAUCUUAUUGGCUGGAUAUCUCUGUAUCCCAAAGCAUUUUAACAUUUGUCAACAUUGGCACACUUUGAAAUUUUGAUAGGCAAAAAAAGAAAAAAAGAACAGAAAAAAACAAAACAGUGUCAUUCAGUUUUAUAGAUCAUUUUAGGGAUAGCCAUCAGGCCUCAGAAGCAGGUGUUGCACUGAAUUACCAAAAAGCAACAUCUUUUUUUUUUUUAAAAAAGUCAGAUAUAUCAAAACUAAUUUUGUGGUAAUUUCUUUUCCUUUUGGAUUUUUUCAAGGUAAUUCAUGCUUUAACGUUAAAAAAUCCUUGGUUGCUAUGCCGAACGUCAGUUUUGUAAAGCUUGGAGUGUUACAUGUCAUUCCUCUGGAACACCUAUGAAAAGCAAUGAUAUUUGCCAGAAUGACACAAUGCCUUUAAGAUUCAACAUCCGUCAUAUUUUCAAAUUUGUUAGUCCUUGGUUUUGUCAUCUAACUAGCAAGGACGUUAGGAGUACCAGCUUCUGGAAACACUGGCUAUAAUGGCCAUUAAAGUAAAAAAUUAUUACUAAGUCUAAUAAGAAGCUGUACCUGUCUAUACUUAUCUGGAUUUGCUUUCUGCUGGUUGUUCAUAUUCUAGAGCAGUGGUCCCCAAACUACGGCCCACCUCCACAUUUGACCCGGCCCCCUGAACAAUAUUAGAGAUGCAUUAUUAUUUUUUCAGUCUGGCCACGCGAUCGACACUAAUGCACCCAUAGAACACUGGGGUGUAGUGGGCCUGCCCGACUGAAUCUCAGGAAAUGUUUCCUCAUGUCAAUAAAGCUCAUUUGAUUUGAAUUGUGAAACACCCUAAAAAAAUUUUUUGCUACUACGACCUCACUUUGCCCAGAACGUGAACGUGACCCCCCCCCCCGAACGGAAUAAUGGCAAAAAGGUUAGGUAAGAGAAAAAUUGAUUCAGAAUGCAGGGUAUUUAACCUACAGUGGACACACGAUUAUUUUUUUUGUUCAAUGCAAAGAAAAGGCUGUUUGUCUCAUCUGUCAAGAGACGGUGGCGGUAUUCAAAGAAUACAAUCUGCACCGACAUUAUGAAUGCCGUCACAAAGACAAGUAUGAUAGCUUGCAAGGCCAAAUGCGAACAGACAAAAUCUCAAAGCUAAAAAGUGGACUGUUAGCUCAGGAGACUGCAUUUGUACGCCAAACUCAGCUGAACCAGUCAUCAGCUCGGGCCAGCUUUCGUGUUGCUCAACUGAUAGCAAGCUACGGUAAACCUUUCACUGAGGGAGAGUUUGUCAAGAAAUGUUUGAAUGUUGUCAUGGAGGAGGUGUGUCCCGAUAAGAAAGAUGUCUUUAAUGCUGUCAGUCUAUCGGCGAGCACAAUCACCAGACGCGUGGAAGAAAUAGGGGGUAAUGUAUAUGCCCAGCUGCAGCAAAAGACGAAAGAAUUUGACUUUUUUUCAUUAGCACUGGAUGAGAGCACGGACGUACAGGACACAGGGCAGCUUCUUAUUUUUAUUCGUGGAGUUAGCGCAAACUUUGAGAUGUGCGAGGAGCUGGCAGCCCUCCAAAGUCUGAAAGGCACUACGACGGGGAGGAUAUUUUCGACAAAGUAUGUCAAACAAUGGAAGAGUUGGAUCUGGACUGGGCAAAGCUUGCUAGCAUCACGACUGACGGGGCUCCUUGUAUGGUGGGCGCAUCUCGGGGCCUAAUAGGACGCAUGAACCGCGAGAUGGAAGAACGGGGUCUCACUGCCCCUCUACAAGUCCACUGCAUAAUUCACCAGCAAGCGCUUUGCUGCAAAGUGUUGAAGUGGGAGUCUGUCAUGAAGGCUGUGGUAUCAUGCAUAAACUUCAUCAGAGCAAAUGGACUUAAACACAGGCAGUUCCAACAAUUCCUGUCUGAACUGGAAUCUGCGUACGGAGAUGUGCUGUACUACACAGAGGUCCGAUGGUUGAGCCGCGGCAGAGUUUUGAGGCGUUUUUACGAGCUCCUACCCGAAAUUAACGCAUUUCUUCAUUCAAAAGGCAAAACGGUCCCAGAGCUGAUCGACCAGGAAUGGAAGUGGCACCUCGCAUUUUUAACAGACGUGACGGAAAUGCUGAACGGCCUUAACUUGCAGCUACAAGGCCAGAGGAAACUCAUUUGUGACAUGUAUUCCCACAUAAAAGCAUUGGAGUUGAAACUAACGCUGCUUUUGGAACAAGUGAAAAAGCACAACUUCACCCAUCUCCCUGCUACCCAAAACCUUUCUGCAGAGAACCCAGCGGUCCUGUUCCCAGCUGAAAAGUGUGUGGAAGCACUGGAAAUGCUGAAGGCGGAAUUGAGUGUGCGAUUCCGUCAACUACAUGCUCAUGCAAAAGAAAUCCGUCUUUUCCAAAACCCCUUUGUUGCCGACAUCGAUGAAGCCCAGUCUUUUUAUCAGUUUGAACUGGCCGAGUUACAGAACUGUGAUGUUCUGAAAGACGCAUUCAAGCCCAACAGUCUCGUUGACUUCUAUGCCGCCCUCCCAAAUGACACGUACCCUAACAUAAAAAAAAACACGCAAUGAAGAUGUCCACACUUUUUGGCAGCACGUAUAUGUGCGAGCAAACCUUUUCACGCAUGAAACUCAUGAAAUCUCCAAUGAGAUCAAGAUUGACAGAUGAACAUCUGCAUCAGUGUUUGAGAGUGGCUGUGACUAGAAUGGAACCGGACAUUCAACUUCUCACCGGCCAAAUGCAGGCCCACAGUUCACACUGAUGAACAUACAGUACAUAGAGGGAAGUUGA